AUGGUGAGCGAUGUUGACAACUACGCGCCGCGGUUCCUGGUGCACCGCGCCACGACCGUAGUGCCCGUCAACGUCACGGGUUCGACAUACCGUGCGUGGGCCUCAGACGACGACCUGGGCCUGACGUGCCCCCUGGGCCCAGGCGAGUCUGCCCGUUGCCCGUGCGCCUCCUUCACGUACCAGCUCUUCAGCCCGUCGGGGGACCACAGGUUUGCCCUGCACCCGUCAACGGGUCUGCUGGUCAGGAGAAGACCUGCCGCCACGACGGUGGGCCUGCGGGAGGGGAAGACUUACAAGUACAAACUCAUGGUCCAGAGCGUGCUGGUGCCGGGGUACUCCAAGGAGCGCCUCUACGACGUCCUUGACUUGGAGAUUUUCGUUGGUCCAGCGAACCUCUAAAAAUCUCCAUGGAUUUAACCAUAUACGGACUCCAUAAACUGAAGUUUAAUUAUUUAUAUAUCUACGUGUACACUCAUAGAGGCAAAUGGGUCAUAUUGUCAAAAUAGUGACACUCUUUCUUACCCACGAGUAAAGAGUGGACGUAGCACUGAUACGCCCCAAACUGGGUCAGGCUGACCCACGCAAAAGAAGAAAAUGCCUUGAUUUUUUCGACAA